AUGGCCGAAAUUGUUGGCUUAGUAGCCUCUAUACCUGGUCUUCUUGAACUCGGCAUCGAAUCAUCGAAAGCGCUUCAUAAACUUCAAUCACAACUCAGAAACGCGCCCGAUCUGAUCCACGCUUUGGCCAAUGAAACUGAAGAUAUCAAGUUGGUGUUGACUCUUGUUGAAGACAGUCUGAAAGCUUCCGAAGCGGCUGCGUUAGAUACGCCGAGUAGUAUUGCUGUGCUUGACAAGUUGAAAGUUCAGUUGAGGAAAGCGAAGACGACGUUAGAAGCUUUAGAAUUAUUUACGCAGAAACUUGCCGAUGAGACGCCUACUACAAGAAGAGUCAAGUGGCUCUUGCAAGAGUCUCAGGCCUCGAAACUUCAGAGUGAUUUGAAGGUUACGAGGGCGCAGAUAAUGCAACUACAGGUUGCGUAUAGCGAGUCAGCUUCUACUCGUAUGGAGUGUGUGCUACGGGAUGUCCAACUUUUGCAACAUAGUCAGAAUGCUGCUACGCAAAGACUCGGGUCUCAUAUCGUUGAACUUGACAAAGCCACAGACAUGAACAAAGCAGCUAUUGCAACAGCACUUCAAAUAUUGCAAGCUUCGGCAUCCGAUAUGCCACCUCAAUACCAACUUAUCAACCAUCAAAAUGCAGAGCCCAACGGGCCAACCCUUCCUAUGAGGAUGUCCCCAGACCAAUUGGACACCCCCAUACAGAACACACCCAGUCUCAUGAACUCGAUACUGUCGUUUACCAUUGGCCUUCAACAGUCGACUUGUUCAAACGAAUGUCUCUGCAAAUGCCAUGCAGUACCUCGUACCCACCGCUCUUGGAACUUGAUUCCCAAAGCUCUUCAAGCUGUCACAGGUACACUAUUCAUUGGCUACACAAGCAACCCAACCUCGGCCUCAAAAUGUAAUCACAAAAGAUGCGCUCGUGGACGCGCUGUACGUCUUGUUGUCAAGUACGGUUUCCCACUCUGGUUUCUCAACUACGCUCUCCACAUGGUGUUUGAGUCAUCAGCACGAAACCAUCUAUCCUUGGCUCUGACGCCGCGUCGUCGCAUUAUUAUCAAGUUGAACGAAACAGACUUGUUCUGUCAGAUCGGGCAAGGACAUCUUGUCAAUAUUCAACGUAUUCUCCGUACCAAUAGAGCUGCGGUGCUGGAUGUGUGGGAACAGGGUGAUCAGUCACCACUGCUGUUUGCGAUGCAUGCGCUUGUCCCUUGGAAUCUUAUCAUCGAGAUGAUAAAGAUGCUCGUCCAAGCCGGUGCUGACCUUGAUCAAACGGACGACGCUGGCAUGUCUGCUCGUCAUCGACUUGCCAUUUACCAAUUCACAGCGGAACUGCCUUUGUCUACCGAGUUGCUCUUUAACGUGUCGAGCUGCUAUGAUGAUUUUGACUUGACCUUUAUUCACAGGAUUGUCAUCGGACAGUGUCCUAUUGACAUGGCAUCUGUCUUGGCUAGUGGAAGCCCAGACCUCCUAGCUCAAGUCAACGAGCCAGACUAUUUCGGAUACACGCCCUUGAUAUAUGCUGUUCGUCGAAAAGACGUUGCCACCGUUAAAGCUCUACUCGACGCCGGUGCCACCACCGAUAAUGUGUCUCGAGAAUCAGGCGGCGUGACAGCACUCGGCAUGGCAAUGGCAGCUUGGCCUGAUGUUCAAAAACGCUUAGCGAUUACUGAACUGCUGCUCAAAGCAGGUGCAGACGUUGAAGUAGCCAACAGCUUCGGCGCGACUCCUCUGAUUGCAGCUGCAAAUAAUAAUCAUGCCGCAGCGAUUGAGAUGCUUGUUGCUGCGGGUGCGAAUAUCGAGGCUCGGAUGCGUGAUGGCUUCACUCCAAUAAUGAGCGCGGCAAAACAAAACGCAGUUGCCGCGCUCCAAACGCUACACAGACUUGGCGCCAACCUCUACGUGCACGACAUCUUUGGUACAAGUAUCCUUCGAUGCGCAGUCAUGUCCAACGCUCAUGAUACGCUCCGAGUUCUUCUUGAGCUGGGAGCCGACUAUUUGUCCGAAGAUGCUUGCGGACACGUUCUUCACACUGCUGCUACUGUGGGUGAUUUACAGACUUUUCGGACGUUGAUGGAGUUUAGAUUUCCUGGACUUGAUCCUGCUGCUAAGGAGGCUGCGGGAUGGACGCCGCAUUGGUUGUUUCAUGAACGAAGUGACAUCACGGAUGAGUUGAGAUAUACUUUCUACGACUUGCUGCGGGCUGUGGAUGCGGAUCAACAUAGGAUUGAUGAGGAGAGUGGUGGGGAGUCGAGUGAUGCUGAGGAUGAGUUUGUUGAUACUAAAGAGUACUUGUACAGCGACAAUGCUGUAUAG